CGGGGCAGGGCGCGCGGCGUCCGAUCGCUGGCUGGGCGGCAGGCCCGCCUGAAAUGGUGUCUCCUAUCCCUCCUCUCCAGUUGUUGCUUCUCCUGGUAGCCCUGGCGGGGCUUCUGGGUCCCCGAGAGGUGGUGGCUGAACCCGCGGAGGAGGAAGAGGGAACCCGUUGUCCCGAGGGCCUGUGGCCUCUGCCCCCAAAGGCAUUACCAAGAGUGACCUACACGCAGGUGAGACCAGGGCAGGCUGAGUGUGUUGCCUUCCUCUACCACCCCUGUGCUCACUCCUGGCUGAAGCGCCAGCUCUUCCUCCUGGCCCAUGUGUGUGUGACUAAGCCCACACUCAUCCCUGAUUCCAGUCUCACUCAGGACCGGCCCUUGAUGCUGACAGCAUGGGGCAUAUCACUGGAGAUGGCAAGGGUAGAGCCAGCCUGGGCUGUCCACUGGCUGAGGAGGCGGAGGUGGUGGAAGCAGAGGAAGAAAGUGAUACUUCACUCUGAUACUCUUUCUGGAUCCUCUCCCUUGGUGUCAGCCUUCAGCCUAGGGACACUCUGCUGGAGAGGAUGUAUGCAGGCCCCGACUCUGGCCUUUGCUGUGCGGAGCUGGAGGCCUCCUGGCACAGAGGCGCCAUCCAGAGGACAUAGGUGGCCCUUUCUCAGUGGUGCCAAGAGACGCGAGCUGCGGGCUGCCCUUGGUCUCCAGCCCACUCCUUCAGGCCUGAGAGCUCCCUCUGCUUCCACGUGGAGCUUAAAGGCCCAGCAGCCCAUAGUGGGAACUCUGGGUGAGGGGGGUAAUACCUCAGCUGUGACCCCUGCCUCCUUGCUGCCUGAAGGGCCUGGAAGCAACGCCAGCUCCAGGACCGAUGCUCAGCUACACAACGGGCAAGGCAGUCCAGUGGGCUGCGCCUGCCCGGGUCAGGCUUCGCUGGCCCCUCAGGCAGCAGCGCCUCCCCGUGCAGCCCGGGGCCCCACCCCGCGCACCGAAGAAGCCGCCUGGGCGGCUAUGUCCCUGACCUUCCUGCUGGUGCUGCUCACCCUGGCCACGCUCUGCACACGCCUGCACCGAAACUUCCGCCGGAGCGAGAGCAUCUACUGGGGCCCCGCGUCAGAGAGCCAGGACACAGUGGCCGCUGUGCUUAAGCGGAGGCUGCUGUUUCCCUCGCGCCGGGUGAGGCGCUCUCGCCGGAGGCCCCUGCUGCCGCCCACCCGGGACAGCGGUCCAGACUCGGAGAGCUCAGACUGACCGGAUUGCGCCCGGCCGCCGCGAGGCUCCUCCCCUGGGGCGGUCGCGACCCCUGCCACGUGGGCUGCGCCUGGGAGCGCCCCCUGGUGGCCGGCGGAGGAGCCACUUCCUUGGUGUCAUGGGAGUGGAGCAGCGCGUUGCCACAUCUUAGCCCAAGUCCCGUUUCUAAUUAAAUUAUUUUGGUAAAGUUCGCAGCUGAGCGUCUGCUUGCCUUCUAGUCACCCUUUCCUAACGCUGGCAGCUGUCACUUGUUCGUGAUUUUCCGGGCUGGUUCUCCGUUAGUAAAGCCUUGAACUCGCUA